AUGGGCAAAUACCUGUCCAAAGUAGCCAACAAUAAUCACUAUACAUAUCCUCAUCAUAAUAAUAAUCAUCAUUAUUAUUACGGAUGGUUUCGCAGUCAUCGUCAUCAUCGGCAUCAUCGAGAGCGCCGACUAUUGAUGGCCGGCCUCGACGGCAGCGGUAAGACAACACUGAUUACUAGACUAGUCCUGGACGGCCAUAUCCGGGCCGAUAUGGUCAUAGCCGGUACGCCGGCGGUCAGCCGUAGCGGUGGUGGUAGCGGUAGUCGGUCGGCUUCGGCGACCAGAGGCUGCAACGUAUGGCGUGUCGACUACAGUGGCCGACCCUACAGUCUGUGGGAUGUCGGCGGUACGGGCGGCGAACGUACACUUUGGCGUAACUAUUUUGGCGGUACCGAUGGCCUGGCAUUUGUUAUCGAUUCCGGCGAUCGCCGCCGUCUACCGGAGGCCAGUGUCGAGUUGCAUAAGAUAUUGAACGACCGAGAGAUGCGGGAUGUGGUGCUGGUAGUGGUGGCCAACAAACACGACUUACCUAAUACUAUGUCAGCCAAGGAACUGGAGUUCAAGCUGGGCCUCAAUCGGAUCCGCCAAAAGCACUGGUAUAUAGUAACGACAUCCGCUCUCUAUGGGACAGGUAUUGGCGAUUGUAUGAAAUGUUUUCAGCCACCGAUGAUUACAACAACCAAAACAACAAGUGUUGUCUCAUCAGACAAACUACCCGUUCAACAACCGGAUGUCUAUAAAUUAGUCGACAAUUAUUAA